GGGACUGUGUGAUUGGCCCCCACCAAUCCUUGUGCGGAGGUGGCUGCUCUCAGGCGCCUUCCUGCGCUCCCUCUACAUGCUCAUGUCUAUAGAGGGGGCACGGACACUGACCAGGGCUCUCCACAAUCCGGAGCCUUCUAUUAGCGGGCUCACCUAUCACAGGACUCGCCGAGACUACAGCGGAGGACUCCCUACUGAUACCAUGCUGUGCUAUGUGACGAGGCCGGAUGCGGUGGUCAUGGAGGUGGAGGUGGAUGCCAAGGCGAAUGGAGAGGACUGUCUGACCCAGGUAUGCAAGCGGCUGGGCAUUAUUGAAGUGGAUUACUUCGGCUUACAGUUCAGUGGUAACAAAGGAGAGAAUUUAUGGCUGAAUCUGCGAAAUCGAAUAUCUCAGCAAAUGGACGGCCUGGCUCCAUUUCGAAUGAAGUUAAGAGUAAAGUUCUUUGUGGAGCCCCAUCUCAUUCUCCAGGAGCAGACCAGGCACAUGUUUUUCUUGCACAUUAAAGAUGAUCUAUUGGCGGGUCGUCUCCAGUGUUCUCCAGAGCAGGCGGUAGAACUGAGUGCACUCCUGGCGCAGCUAGAAUAUGGCGAUUAUAAUCAGAACACUGCCCAAUACUGCUUCCAGAGUUUGUGCUCGAAGGAGCUUGGAACUGCCACUUUAGAUGGUAUUAUUGAGAAGCAUAAAGGUUUGGAAGAACUAAGCCAGGCAUCCGGAGAAUAUCAAGUUCUUCAGCUUGUGUCCACACUGGAAAACUAUGGGGUGGAGUGGCAUUCCUCGCGAGAUGCUGAGGGACAAAAGCUCAUUAUUGGAAUUGGCCCUGAGGGUGUAUCCAUUUGCAAAGAAGACUUCAGCUUGAUUAACAGGAUUACAUAUCCAGUGAUUCAAAUGGCAACUCAAUCGGGGAAGAAUGUAUACUUGACGAUAACGAAGGAGUCUGGGAAUAGUUUGGUUCUUCUUUUUAAAGUGAUCAGCACCAGAGCAGCUAGCGGUCUCUACAGAGCGAUAACGGAAACGCAUGCAUUUUACAGAUGUGACACAGUUACAAGCGCUGUUAUGAUGCAGUACAGCAGAGAUCUUAAGGGUCACUUGGCAUCUCUUUUCCUGAAUGACAAUAUCAACGUUGGAAAAAAGUAUGUAUUUGACAUCAAAAGGACAUCAAAGGAGGUCUACGACCACGCAAGGAGAGCCUUGUACAAUGCUGGCAUUAUGGAUCUGGUGCAAAGGAGUGACCAUAGUGAGCCGAGUUCUCCUCUAAAGUCAUCUGAAAGUUCUCUGAACUGCAAUAGCUGUGAGAGCCUCAGCUGUCAGCAAACAAAAGCCCUACAGGAGAAACUGAGGAAAUUGAAGGAGGCCAUGCUGUGCAUGGUCUGUUGUGAGGAAGAAAUCAAUUCUGCCUUUUGCCCAUGUGGGCACAUGGUUUGCUGUGAGGGAUGUGCCAAUCAAUUGCAGUCGUGUCCAGUAUGCAGAGCUUCAGUGGAUCAUGUACAGCAUGUCUAUUUACCAACACACACAAGCUUUUUAAAUCUGACUGUCAUUUGAGAGGCGAUGCCUAGGACACUUUAUAAACUGUAUCUAUGUAUAUUACAAAUGGACUUCACUACAAAGUGCUAAAACCAUCGAAUUUGCUACAACUAAAGAUAUUGAAGAUAAAACGCAUCUUUCUGCAGGAAGAAUGGAGAUGUGUUUUUUCUAGUUCAUUUUACUGUUGUAAAUUGGAAUUUUCUGUCGUUCUUUUACCCAAGUUAUUUUUAAGCUGAACAUAGCACAGAACCGUUCAGUGUGUGUACUCCAAAUUUUAAAAUGUUAGUGUUUUUUUUUUUUUUUUUUUUUAUGGUUUUCUUUUUCUAUCAAUGUGUGUUUUUUUUUUUUUUUGUGUGUCUCCCCCCCCAAAACUAGUCAUUUUUGUUGAUCAGAGAGACUUUUUUUUUUUCUCGUCGGCAUCCCUAGAGAUUGAUUUUCUAUGGCCCAUUCUGACUAAGGCUCAAAACUGCUCAUUCCAUGUUUAUACAACAUGUUCACUUUAAGGGCUAUGUUGGAAAAAUAAGGCUUGGGAUGUAUUUUUCCUUUUUAAUAAUAAAAAAAAUGCCAGUUUCCAUAAAUUCUCAUUAAGUCAUUAAGGACUUUCCCUUUUUGUUAUGCUAUUUUUUUUAAGUGAAAAUGCCAAAUUCAAAGUUUUAGAGUUGAGAUUCAACAAUUAUAAUUUACAUUUAACUGUCAAUUGGUUCUUUUUAUGCUAGAAUACUUUUAUUUUCCAUACAUUUAGAUUUUUGAAAGCUUUCAGCAAGUUUUUAUUUGAGUUGUCCCCCCCCCCCCCCCCCCUUCUGAAUAAUAUAUUUUUAACCAGUAUUAAAAUCUACUCCUAUAGAUGAGUAAAACAAUGCCUUUGAGUGUUAGAUUUUAUUUAAAAAUUAAUAGCUUUAGGUACUUUUUUUAGACUACUUAUUUUUUGUUUUUUUGCCACUAUACAGCAAAUGUAGAAUAGGUCAAAGAAUAGGAUAUAUAGAAAAGCGGGUGCUGGCUUUUAAAAUCUGCAGGGUAAACCUUUGCUUCACUUUUUAGAAUGCCACUUCGUUGAAAAAAAUGGGGUCAUUCAGUAUUUGUCCUCCUGCCCAUUUUAAAUAUGUACAGUUUUUGAAAGUUCUAUACACUAGUGUUCUGAAAAUUGUGUUAUUUUGUGUUCUUAAUCUUUUUCUUUGUCUUGUAUCCUGUCUUAACAUCCUGUUUCUUUAUAUCUUGGGCAUUAUGGUUAUCUAGAAGUUCAUUAUCUGUGUGCUUUGCAGUCUUCUUUUGGUAAAACUAGAAUGUUGUAAUGAGCCAGACUCUUGCCACUGCAAAACCAUGGAAGCAUUUAGCACCAGUAUAGUAAACUCUAGAUGGCCAUUGUGGUGCAAUACCCAGCUUAAUAGGGGGAAAAAAGCUGGGAAAAUACUGUCACUUUAUGGAAAGAUGUUCUUUAUACCUUUCUUGUUGCCUUAAUGUAGCAGUAAUUUGUUCCUUAUGCAUUUUGUUUCUUUGCACAGACAUUUUUGUCAAAACUAAUUAGAAGAUUGCUCUACUUUUUUAUGGCACAUUGUUGUACAGCCUCAGUUUCCAAGAGGUAUUUAUUUUUUCACUUGGUAAAGAAAAAAUGGAUUUUGCUUCCACAUUCAGCACUGGGGUAACUUCCUGUAUAGUGUGUUAGACAAUAUUUUUGUCUUUUUAUAUUUGGUAAAAUAAAGUAUUUCUGAAAAAAAAAAA